AAGAGCAAAAGAGAAAGGAAUCAGAAUCAAAAACAAAUCGAUCAUAAGUCUUAACAUUUACGCCCAAAAUCGGCGAGAAAGAGAAAACAAAAAUGGAAGGAUGGGAUCCGAGCACCAAAUCGACCCUAACGCGAAUCCCUCUUCUAACCACAAAGGCGGGACCACGAGACGGCGACGCAUGGAAACAGAGGCUGAAAGAAGAGUACAAAUCUCUGAUCGCGUACACACAGAUGAACAAGUCCAACGACAACGACUGGUUCCGCAUCUCCGCCUCCAAUCCCGAAGGUACCCGCUGGACUGGCAAGUGCUGGUACGUUCACAACCUCCUCAAGUACGAGUUCGAUCUCCAGUUCGAUAUCCCCAUCACGUACCCCGCCACUGCUCCCGAGCUUGAGUUGCCUGAGAUUGACGGCAAAACACAAAAGAUGUAUCGAGGUGGGAAGAUUUGUCUGACUGUGCAUUUCAAGCCGCUCUGGGCUAAAAACUGCCCUAGGUUUGGUAUAGCGCAUGCACUUUGUUUGGGGCUGGCUCCGUGGCUUGCUGCAGAGAUUCCAAUUCUUGUGGACUCGGGUAUGAUUAAGCACAAAGAUGACGCAGCCUCGUCUGCCGAAUCUUAGUCUGUUUAACCAGUUUUUCAACCUCAGAGUGAGGUGUUUAUGUUUAUCAGUAAUAGCUGAACUCAGAAAUUACUAAGGUGGAUGCGUCUACCCUGUAAAACAUUUACAUGAAACCAAAUAAAGAUUUAAGCUAUUGCAAUGUU